CAGGAGAAGAUCUGGAUGUGUUUGACCUGAAGAAAUACUCUGCUUCAGAGGAGGCUCUUCUCAGGCUGCUGCCAGUGGUCAAAGCUUCAAACAAAGUUCUACUGAAUGACUGUAAACUCUCAGAGAGAAGUUGUGAAGUUCUGGCCUCAGUUCUCAGCUCCCAGUCCUCUAAUCAGAGAGAGCUGGACCUGAGUAACAACAAGCUGCAGGAUUCUGGAGUGGAGCUGCUGUCUUCUGGACUGAAGAGUCCAAACUGCAAACUGGAAACUCUCAGACUGAAUGACUGUAACCUCUCAGAGAGAAGUUGUGAAGUUCUAGCCUCAGUUCUCAGCUCCCAGUCCUCUAAUCUGAGGGAGAUGGACCUGAGUAACAACAAGCUGCAGGAUUCUGGAGUGGAGCUGCUGUCUUCUGGACUGAAGAGUCCAAACUGCAAACUGGAAACUCUCAGACUUAGAUCCUGUAACCUCUCAGGGAGAACUUGUGAAGUUCUGUCAUCACUUCUAAUGUCCAAGUCUUGCUGGUUGAGAGAGGUUGACCUGCAGAAUAACAAUCUCCAUGAUUCAGGGGAGUUUCUGUCUGCUUCAGACUGGACACUGGAAAUAUUCAGGGAACCUGAUGGAGUCCGAUGGUUGAAACCAGGACUGGGGAAGUAUUCCUGUCAGCUCACGAUCGACACAAACACAGUGAACAGAAAACUGAAACUGUCUGAAGACAACAGGAAGGUGACACGUGUGGAGGAGCUUCAGUCAUAUCCCGAUCAUCCAGACAGAUUUGAUGGCUGGUAUCAGCUGCUGUGUAGUGAUGGUCUGACUGGUCGCUGUUACUGGGAGGUCGAGUGGAAAGGAACAGUUUUUACAUCAGUGAGUUACAGAAGAAUAAGUAGGAAAGGAGGCAGUAAUGACUGUUUGUUUGGUUAUAAUGAUCAUUCCUGGAGUCUGGAAUGCUACGAUGGUUACUCUGUCUGUCACAAUAAGAAGAGAACAGACAUCUCCUCCGCCUUCUCCUCCUCUGUCUCUAACAGAGUAGCAGUGUAUGUGGACCAUCCUGCUGGCAUUCUGUCCUUCUACAGAGUCUCCUCUGACUCACUGAUCCACCUCUACACCUUCAACACCACAUUCACUGAACCACUUUACCCGGGAUUCUGGGUCGGUUCUGAUUCCUCAGUGUUUUUGUGUUAACUCUAAAGAGGCUCCACCGUUGAACAGUUCGGUCUCUACAUGUCUCUCUCUUUCUCUCAGAAACAUUUUCAUUUUCAGUCGGUUUCUUUCUAAAACUUCUGGAAAAGAUUCCUGGUAAACUUUUUCCUCUUCCAGUCCUUUAAAGAUGGAAGCUGGAAUUGUUCCAUCCAAAGGUUUGAUUCUGUUUCCGGUAGAUCCAGUAAAUGUUUAAUCCUGGGUUUUAAUCUCACCAUCAGAAGAAGUUUAAAAUUUUCUAUCUCCAGUCUUUUUUGUCCGGUUUCUUGUUUGUGUCUCUUAUGUAGUUUUUAUUCCUCUGAUCUGAACAGUUUUGUUCAUUAGACCCAGAUAAACAGGCUGACGCAUCAGGAUUUGUGGGCUGUGAAGUUCAGGGUUUCUGCAACUGAUUAGUAAUAAAAAAUGAUGACGUGAGUGAAGCUGCAGUUUGAACUCUCCUGCUAGUUCGUCAGUUCCUCAGAGUUAUCUGCUAUGUUUUAAUAAGCCAGAUGAGUUUCCAAUAGGAUUGAGACUGUUCCUAAAAGAAGAAUUAUUCCAGACGACCUGUGGCUGAACUGUAGAUGAUAGAAAUAUUGGAGAAUAUGACAGCAUUUUCUGCCAGUUUUCUGAAUUUUAUUUUGAAUAAAAAAUAACAAUAAAUGUAAAAUUCAUUAUAACAAAACUCAUAGUUGGACCUUCAAUUCUUUUUAAUCUAUUUUAUGACCAGUUUUUUGUAUGAGUUAGCGAUGAAAUGUUUUUGUA